AUGUCAUCGAGCAACAAUCCUCCUGUGAACAACAGGUGGCCUCCGCAAAACAGCACGACCACUAGUACCACGACAUCUCAAAGCAACUCUCCACCUCCUUUACCUUCUCGUCCCACAAAACCAACCCGAAGUAUGUCAGCAUUUCCCGGUUUGGAUCAAUCACUUAAUUCCAACAAUACUUGCUCUACAACGCAAUCUCUUUCUAUAAAGCGUCAAUCAGAGCAGAGAGGUCACGUUAUAAGCGGCGACAAUCAAUCAUCACACGAACGAAAUUCUUCGUCCUCAUCGGUUUCACGAGCAUCCAUGACAAGCUCGACCGUAAAGAGUACCAACUUUUCUUCCAUACGAAAUCAAAUAGCAAGUGCAUUUCAAAACAAUUCUUCAACAUCAGCAACCUCCUUGUUGUCAUUGCCUUCGUCAAGCAAUAACGAGUCUUCUUCACUUGUGAAACCCAGUGCCAUUCUCUCACCACGAAAUAGCAAUCACACUCAACCAUCUGUGACAUCCAAUUCUUUCCAUGGAAAUUCAUCUUCACAUUCUGUAGCAUCCACACAAGCAUCAUCCUCCUCCUCGAUAUUUCUCAAGAAUACACAACAACAACAGAAUCGAGAUUUGAUCACUCCGAAUUCUACUACUACAAGUACUUCUUCUACAACCACUACUCGAGAGAAUCGUCUUGUUCGAUCGUCUUUGAAUAGCAGUAGUAGUAAUUUGGAAAAUCAUCAACACACACCACAAACAACCAUGUGGCCCAAGCUCAGACCUACAAAUUCCAAUAUCAACAACAACAACAAUACUGUGAUGGAUUCAUCAUCAUUGGGAUCAGAAAUGUCAUCCUCCUCUCUCCAUAAGAAUCCAUUGAUCAAACAAGAAGAAGAGGAGAAGAAGACUGUAUCACCUCCUCCCGUACCUCCUAAAACUCGUUUUGGCACCGUAUUGUUGCCUUCCAACAGCUCUCUCCAUUCAUCAUCCACUGGAACCAGUGUUUCAUCAUCAUCAUCGACGAGUACUUCCACUGCAUCUUCACCAUCCCAUGCACAGAAAGAACAAAACAAUCAGCUAUCACCAAGGUCUGCGCCACUGGACAGCCACUCAGCCACACAAAAGGAAGAUUUUCCAAGAACAACAACGACCAAAACCUCUCCGAGAUCUCAUCAUUCUUCAACAACAGGUGGUCCAAAUGAUCAUUCACAGCAAUCACCAUCGAGCAAGACUGUUUUCAAUCAUGCAAGCAAAGUAUCAGAACAGCAAGAGCCACAAACCACCUCACCCUCAUGGGUUUUAAAUCGGAAAGGUCAUUCUGAUCAUACUUCUCCUGUUUCAUCGUCAUCGUCAUUUUCAAGACAAUGGCCUCCUCAAAAGAACCAAGAAGAAGCCUCAACACCUACCACACCCACUACGCAACAAAUGCAUUCAAUGGUGGAAAGUAACUCUUCUCCAACAAGCUCAGCACCAACGAAUAAGGCUUUCUCGGCAGGUGUCAGUAAUGGUAGUGGUGCAAGUCCAACAAAUCGUUUAAUGUGGAACACGAAAAAGCAACACUUUGAUAUGAAUCAAGAACAACAACAGAAAAAUGAUUCAACCACGCCGUCAAAAAGUGUUGUUGGUAACAGCAGCAAUGAUGCUUCUCCGAGCACACCUCCACCGUUGCCUUCUUUGCUCCGAAAGCCUACGAUGAAGAUUGCAAGCUCUCCGGGUACUCUGGCAACAACAACAACACCUGGCAUCAGUGCUUUGAACAAUGUUUUGGAAAAUCAGUCUUCUUCUCCUGUAACAUUAGUAACAACUCCAUCCUCUUUGGAUUCUUCACCAACACCUUCAUCACCUUCCUCGAGGUUUCAGUUUAAACCGCCACCUCCAUCGGUUCCUUCUUUGUCUUUAAAUGAAAGAGAAACACCACCGAAGACUUCUAAAAACAGUCUGGUGUCACCUAGAUCAAACUCAUUGCUGAAUAAGGACUGUCUUGUCAACAAUUCUGACUUUCUUCAAUCAGAAACAACCAACCUCAGAAGUGAUAUUCAGAAUUCGUCACAGACCAUUCCAUUUAAAAAACCUCCUCCAUUGCAACCAUCCAAUUCUACUGGCUCUCUUUCAAGCAGUAGCGGCAGCAAUAGUAACAGCCCAGUGCCACCAAUACCUGAGAGGAAGCCAUCAUCAGCACGAUUGUCACCUCGAGAAUCAAUUUAUUCUACUGCAACAUCAACAACAACAUAUUCUUUAGAAGAGAAUUCUUCAAAAUCAAACAAUUCUCAAAAAAAGAAGGGUCUAGAUCAAGAUUCUUCCUCAACAAGUACACCAUCAACAAGCCCUAUUUCUACAUCGUGUGACUCGUCAAAUACAUUAUUUUCAAUGCAAAAAAUUGAAGGAAUUAUUAUUAAUAGCGCUAACGAACCAGAAGACACCUCGUCAGCGCAUGACGUAGAGUCAGACGGUGAGGCCGACGACGAUUUUGCUGAAGACCAAGAGUCUUUCGGAAGUUCAAAGAAUUUAUUUGAUUUGGACUCUUUUACAGUUUCGAGCUUGGGAAAAUUUAAAUCAAUGAAUACUUCGAGCUAUCACCGAUCUAAAAAACCUCAAAGAUCCAGAAGCAACGAUUAUGCUCAACAACCUCAGCAGAGACAGCAACAACAGCUGCAAGAACGUGUCACACUGGAUCAAAACUUUGAAACCAUUCUACCAAGCUAUGUAAUAGAAACUAAAAUCAAACCGUGGUCUCAAACCGAUAGUUCACUCUCACCGGAGGAGGAAACGGCUCUAUCUCAAAACAAAUAUGCUCACCCAAAUUUGCGUAACGCUUUCAAAGCUUUUAACGAGCCUUUCCGCAUUAUGAAAUGCAUAGAACCUCCAUAUUGUAGCAUUCCUUUCAGACCUACAUUUGAUGAUACAUAUGAUACUGCCACAAGUAUAUCUUCUACAACUGAUUCACGUUCUAGAUCUAAUUCUAAUUCAUAUUUCAGACCUUCAACCGAAACGCCGGAGGACCUCGAAAUCGAGGAGGAACAAAGUGGAGCUCAAUCGUUUGGAGCAUUUUUAGCCAAACUCAAAGAAGUGAAUUCAAACGAUGAAUAUGAUGGCGCUUCUCCGAGAACUGUAUUUUUAAGACAAUCGAACAAGUAUACGGUGGGAAGAUCUCAGAAAGUGACAGAAGGAUUUGAUGAAAUGGUACUUUCUGACAGGAAAAAGAGUCUGUUUGAAUUUGUAAAGGCAACCAUUGCAAAAAAGACAACAGAUAUUAUUGAAAAUAUAGAACCAAAGAAUGGAACAGUGAUGACCUUGAAAGAAGUCGGUCUUGAUCAAAUCACUGAAAAUAUUACCUCAAAGACUCGUUUAGUGAGCUGUUUGAAACCAGAUUACAAGUUUAAGCCACUAGACGCAUCUCUUUGUCAACGAUCGAAUGAUGUACCAUAUCCAGUUAAGAGAAAGACAAAAUUCUUCUUACAAUGUUCUAACUUGCGAUUUUUGGAUAACACACAAAUGAAAGAUCGUGAGCUGCUCUUCAUGACCAUAGCUCUCUAUGACACGCAUGCUGGAAGAAAAAUUUCAGAAGACUAUCACUUCCAUUUAAUGCCUAGUCAUCAAUUCAUUGGUGUUUCGGAAACUAUUAAGCGUGAUUUAUCAUUGUACGACGCAUCGCUUAAUUCCAUGUUUUCUACCAAGAAAUUAUUCUCAGUGAGCUAUCCAAAUGAUCAGAUUUAUGUGGUUGCAUUUGUGUACCGAAUUCCAACAUCGACUACAAAAGAUGCUGCCAAAAUGUACUCUAAAGAUGCCAAGAAUGUUGACAAGUGGUUUGAAAAGUAUGAAGAAUUCAAACCAAAACUUUGCAGACAUCGACAACCAUUCUUAUUCAGCUUCGCUCCCUUGUUUGAGAAGGAGUUGAUGGACAUCAAAGGCAAGCAAGUAGACACUUUUAAACUUAGCAGCUCUAAAAUAGAUCUGAAACCAUUUUAUGAAAUUGAGGGUGAUUGGAAAAAUCCUAUGGACGUCAUUACCACCAUUCGCAACUCUUUGAAAGAAAAGAAAACUAAGAAUAAUCAAAUCUCAGGUGUCAUGACACUCAAUGUAGAGCUAUAUUCAAAUGCUAGCGCUCAAAGUAAUUACGAAAUUCAGCAACGAGUAACUCAACAACGACACAGACCCAGUAACAUUCUUUCUAGAACUGAUUCUGAUAGCUCUCUUGGGUCAGGCUCUCCACUUAGCCACGCUUCUUCUAGAGCUGAUUCAAUGUUUGAUCGUCAAAACGCACACGAAAUGGAACAACUUUCGUAUGAUGUUAUUCAAGAAUUUCCUUUACUUUUUUCCAACUAUCCUAAUCUAGCUAUUCAAAAUACUCUAUUUAUUUAUCCAAUUGCAUUUUCCAUAGAGGGAUCUAAAUCUGCCAAGAAUGUUUUUGUAGAAGUGUAUUUUAGAAAUAACGAUGUAAUUCCACCAGGAAUUAAUGACAUCAAUGAUCCGUACUCUGAAAAACGGUUUAUAACAUGGCUCAAGAGAGAAAAAAGCCACUCUCUUCUCACAGCGCUUUCAUAUGACGAAAAACAACAACAAUUGUUUGAUGAGUUUAGGUUGGAGCUUCCACUGGUUCCAAACUACAAACACCACUUGUUGUUUGUUUUCUAUCAUAUGGAUAUUGAUAACAAACGAUCGAAAAAACUCGAAUAUGCCAACCCAGCGAAUGAUGCACGUCAAGACUUUUUUGGAACCUCAGACAGAGCUGUUAUAGGAUACUCGUUCUUGCCUCUGACAAGAAGUGUUCAAAAUGAUAAUCCGCACUACAAGAUGGGAGAAAACAUUGCAUUUUGUAACAAAAUAUCAACAGAGCUCAACGUUUUCAAGAAAGAUACAUUUCUAAGCAAUUAUUUAUCUGGAGAGGGUUUACGUGCCAUCAAGAAUGCAAAGCUUGUUGUGAAAACCAAGUUGGUCUCAACCUUAUAUCCAAGAGACAACUUUUUAACUCUUUUCUAUUGUGUCAUGACCGAUUUGUACACGUUGCCUCUUUUCAAGACCAAUGAGGUUUUAGGAUAUCUAGCAAACGAACUUUUACUGAGGUUUAAUGAAAUUGAUUUUUCAGAGUUCAUGCCUCAUUUCCCAGUGGUCAUGAACAUGCUAUUUGAACUGAUGGGAAGAAUACGAGAGUUGUCCUCAAGCUCUAAACUAGUGGACCGUAUCGAACAAGACGCUCUUGAUGCAGUCAUUACUUGUUUGAGAGGAGCCUAUGAAUAUACCAAACUCCACUCACGAGGCAACAAAUUCUUCACAAGCUAUAUCAAGUAUAUUUUCGCUCCAGAGCAAAGUCUUUCCAUGAUAUUGCCACACAUUUUUAUCAAACUGUUGCGAUCUGCUUUAAGAGAAGGAGACUCAAGCCAAGAUACGAGAUAUAUCGACGAAAAAUUUGGAAAAAAGAAAUUUUCUACUGUCAAGAAAUCUGUUUCCACCUCAGAAAAGAAAGAAGAUGACCAACAUUAUGAUAUAAUCAAGUUUUCUUGGUUUAUAUUUGAUGCUAUUGUAAAAAGUGUUGCACUUGAUUGUGCCAAUAAUAGUGAAGCCACAGAUUAUCAAAGUAGUAACACCAUGAAUUACUUCAAUUCAGAGCAAGACGAACUAGCAUUUGUUGGACUGAUUGAAUCUGUAAUGGACAACUUUAACAAUUGUGUAAAUAAGUUAAUGCUAACAGAAGUAGCCAAUAAGAACAAUAUUGGCUUGAAUGGCAACAGAAAUUUGGCGUUAUUCAUCCGAGAUUUAAUACCCAUGUUACACCGAAGAAAUAUUGUCAAAUUGUUGCAAAAAUACUUUUCGUUUUUCAAUGGCUCUGAUGAAAAACAACUGAACUUGAAGAUUGAGUUUAUUGCUAUUUUGAGCGAUUAUGAAUACUGGAUACCGCUUAACAGCCUCAGCUUGGAAGAGGGUAACUUUGGCAUUAGACAUUUUUCAAACUUGUUUUAUCAGAUUGUGGAUACCAAUAAGGACAAGCUUGUGAAGAAAAUCUCCAAAGUCUUGCUUAAUCAUUUAUGCAAGCUCGACUACGACUCUCGAUACAAUGAUGAUUCUGAGAAGGCACUUGUGUGUGAAUUGUAUCUAGGAUUUGUAGAUGCAUUCUUUGAAAGAGAUGCAAGUCUUCCAUAUCUUCAAAAUGACGAUCUCUAUGUUGUGACCUCUUGUACAAUUUUAUGGAUCAUGAGAGGACUUUCACAGAGACGUCUCGUUGAGUGGUUUAAAGCACAACCAUAUUACAAGACUUCGAAUAUUCUCAACUUUUUAGAUUCGUUCACAAUUGCAAUUAAUAAUCUGGACUACAAUGCAAAAACACCCAAAGAAAGGGAGCUCAAAGAUGACAGAACUCUAAGGACUGAAGUGAUCCUUAUUAUUCACUACCUCAUUUCUGUCAUUACUUCACUCCACAUUCCAGACUAUGAUCUCAUCAAGGAAUUGGAAAUGCAAAGUGACAAUAUUGAACUACUCGCAAACAUUCCACUCAACGAUCCUAGUCUGUUGAGACAACGACAAUUGGUUUCCGAUUAUGAAUCUCUUAAAGUAACGUCACAACGACCAAUUGUUAGUUUGUUCUUCCGCCAAGUGUGUAGACUGCUCAUGAAUGCCGUUCUUCAACUUACUCUUCGAAAAGAGCUUGAACUUUGUUAUAUCGUGUUUAGAGAAUCUAUUUUCCCACUCAUUUGUGAUUGUACGAGCCAUUUGGUUCUCAGUGAACUCUACGACAAUUCCAUUCCAAAGAAAGAACGAGUUCCAAUCGCUGAAAAAAGACGUAUAGAGCAGAAAUGGAGAUGGUUACUUGGUGCUGUCAUGUUACAUGCAGGUUUUACUUCUGAAGAAGAAGAAAACGCAUAUCCAAUCGUAAGAAAAUGUUAUGAACUUCUUUUGGCACCUUUCAAAAACAAGAAAUUUGAUGCCAUACUUGAAGAUAGUACUUCUGAAGAGGGCGAUCUCAUGCUCAAUACCGAUGACAACAAUAUCAAGGCCGGUACCUUUAAGAGACUUGUCGAAAGACUUUUGGAUGUGAACACAAACAGCGUGGAUAAGGAAGGCAAUCGAUUUGCUGACAUUUUCCUUCUCACUUGCACGUCAUUUGCAUCUCCAAUGUUACUCCUUCAACAAAUUAUUGAAAUUUUCAAGAAUACAGAAGAUGCUGUAAUUAAGUUGCGUGUGGAACAAUUUAUUAGCAAAUGGGUGAGGUUUGGAUUCCAUGACUUUGACAAUUUGUUAAUUGCUCGAUUGGUAUCGUUCUUAUCAAACAUUUCAGCCGUGACACAAAAGAAGAUCAAAAAGUACAUUAUCAAACACUUCCUACACGUGAAAAUGGAGAAUUAUGGUGAUCUCAAUAACAUUUCUCCAAACCCUCAAAUACCAAAGAAUAUUCCAAAAGAAAAAUUAGAAGAACCUGAAAUGGAUGUCAAGAAAUGGAAGGAAGCCAAAAAAUUCACAAAACAACUCGAAAAUCCAUUCAACUUGAAAUUUGAGUUACUCGAUUGGCCAAGCUUGGAAAUUGCUCGACAACUCACACUCAUUGAAUCGAAACUCUUCAGAAAAAUUGAAGCCAAAGAAUUUUUCGGUAGUGCUUGGACCGAUAAGGAAUACAAACAAGAACUCGCUCCUACACUUUGUGCCAUCACUGAAAGAACAAAUAAUAUUAGCUUCUGGGUUAGAAAUAAGAUUUUGAUGGAAUCCAACUUGGAAGUUCGAAGAAAGAUUAUGAAAAAAUUUGUGGAUAUUUUGAGAGAGUUGAAGGAACUUCGAAAUUACACCUCCAUGAUUCAAAUUACUUCAGCAUUCAAUUCUGCUGAAAUUCACAGAUUGAAAAAAACAAAAGAAGGUCUCAGUAAGCAAGAUUUGGAACUCAUUGAAGAAUGUUCCAAUUUAGUGAGCAACAAUUCCAAAUCAUUGAGAGAGCAAUUAGAACGAGAGGUUAUUAUUAAUGGAGCACCUGCAGUUCCUGUGGUUGCUAUUUACUUUACCGAUUUGGUAUUUAUUGAAGAUGGUAAUCCUGACACAUUUGAACACAAGAUGAAUAGAAAUAAGAAGCUCAUCAAUUUCCAAAAAAGAAGACUCUACUACAAUGCUGUGAACACCAUCAAGACUUUACAAACCAAGUCUAAAUAUUCACUUCAACCUUUGCCCUAUCUUCAAUAUAUUUUGAAGGAAGAAAUUUUGCAAAAUCUCAAAACAGAUGAAAAGAUGCUAUUCGAUUUAUCACUCAAAAUUGAGCCAAGAACAAACAAAUGA